CUUUCACAGGAAGUGAGAAUGAGUUGGUUACACAAGGGCGAAGAAAAAGGGAAAAGAGAACUCAACUUGUGUUGUAAAAUAGGAAACCAGUAGACUCGUUUAUCCUGUCCAGUCACGAGAUUGGUCCUAUUUAGAUUUAAUCAACAACAAAAAAAAUAAAACAAACCUUGUUUUAUGUGUCUGCGGAGCAGAAGAAGCGUGUUUUAAAGACUCAAAAAGAUCGGAGUGGAAUGUUUUCUGCAUGGAUUUUCGUAGCAGGGCGCCUAUCAAGGGGGUUACUUCUGGGUUCGCGUCAGAAAUAAAGCCACACGAUAUAACUGAAGACAUCGAUGGAGUGGUUGGUGCACGUCGAUUGAUCUGUAUGGUGACGGAGAAAAGUUCAUUUCAUCCAUGCUAGUCUUUGAUGAAGAGUCUCUCCCUUCUAAUAUAACGUUUGGAUUCAUGAGAUACCCUGUAAGAGCUUUUGUGCACAAGCCUCUUCAGUGUCAUACUUGUGUCAAGUGUGUGCAGGAAGGAAGAAAAUCGACCGAGGUAAAGACAGUUUCAAGUUAGAUAUUCGACGGAUAUUCGCACUUUUAAAACUAAACUUUUAAACAUCAAUAGCUUUCAAACCACUUGAGCCACAGACUCCAAAUAAGUGUCAUUAUGUUGGAAAAAAUGCGUACAACACUGCACAGGUCUUAUUUUCACGAUUUGGACUUUCCAGAGCUUUCCAGAGCUAAUAAACAUGUGGAAAUGUGAGCAGCAUGUUUGUAUUCCUAGUUGAAUUAGUUAGGGAGCGUAAACAAAGUACCAGCGUUUUUUACAUUCGAAUUUCAAUAGCUCAUUGGUCAUGUGACCUACUUGACUCAAACAAAUUAUUAUAUAGCUCCUGCCUCCUCUGGCAUAAGCUAUUCCCAUUAUACCCGUAGGCUACACUGAAUAAACUAUGAGCUCGAACGCACCCACUGUUUGACAGUCAAAACUCGUACCAGGAAAUGGACAAUAAACAAGGUAAUCGUUUAAUAUUCGUUUUGAUAUACCUUCACGUUUUAAUUGGUUAUAUGAUCACGUUGUAGUUGUAAGUUUCGAUAAGUAGGCCUAGGCUAAAUACAUGAUCAGACAGCGCAUUUUAGGCUACCGAGCAACGAGCAACAAGAGGUUUUGCGCGCACAAUCCAAUUGUCUGCGUUCGACCACAAACUCAAAACAUGGUUCAUUUGAUUUGACAGGUGAUCAAAAAACAAGACAUCGGAUAACAUGACUAACCCCACAUUAUUGUAAGAACCUACAUGUGAUUCGCAUAAACGGUUUCCAUUCUCAAUGUCUGGUUAGGCCUAUUCAUAAUACGGCUUUAGAUUAAGUGACUGAGGACAUAAUAACAAUCGUUACAAUGGUGUUGUAAAUAUCAGAAUUUAAUUGAUACACUUUAAGCUGAUGAUUUAUGCUGAUGAUCCUGUAGCAGUUACAGUAACACGUCACAGAAAAGCUGAUAUUGGCUGCAACACAGUCUCACAUUCAAUUCGCGCAUAUAUGUACAAAAUGUAUUUCAGCAGAUGUCGUGCGUUUUUGUGCAUUUUUGGGGUGGUUAAAUUCGUUUGAAAAUACACGAAUGUCUGUGCUACUUAAUUCGUGCGAAAAGACACGAAUUUAACCAGUAGGCGAUACAAGCCUUUGCAACAACCAUAUUGACGCGAUAAUUUAUAUUUCAUUUUUGUUCUUCUUAAUGGCUAAUUCAACGUCAUGAAUAUACAGAAAUGUUGUCUUUGUUUAACCAUGUUUUAAAAUGUGUCGUUGUAUGCCUAUAUGUACUGUUUUAGACUUGCUGAACAGAAUUUGAGAAAAGACGCACAUUUACGUGCGACUUAAUUCGUGGGAAAUAUUGUUUUAUUAAUGCCAAUGCUGUUUUCUGUGCUUGAUUUCACUUAAGACUUUGGAUACUGGUGCACUUGUAAUCAGAACGCCUUUUUUUUCAUGUAGGCAACCAUACACGAUUUUAUUCAUAACCCAUUUCAUAUUUCGUGGAGCAUAAAUUACACCAUUUUCUUCAUAAUGCAUGUAUUACAUGUUAAACAGGUUAAUGUAAAAUAAUGAAUUAUGUUGGCUUACACUUAUGGCCUUUCCAAUGCCUUUCCAUUAUGAUUAUUACGGUCAUGUCACUCAUGUUAUAUACUUAUGCUACUUUAACGCGAUCAACCAGUUAGCAUGUCAGAAAUGUCAGUUUCCUAGUACCGACUAGCACUUGAAUGCAGUAUUAUGCUGGCUUCACAUUCUCCUGGGAUACUGGACAAUGGGAAGUCGUAACUCCGACAUUAUUGUUUUCAAGUUCUUUUCAAGUCGGAACAAUUCUUAAACCAAUAAGAUUGGCCACAUCAUUUUCUAAUUUCCCUCUUGUAAUUCCUAUUUGGAGGGUCAUUCAAGUGAAACUUCCCAGUCGGAACUAGGAAUCCCCGAGAACUCCGAUAGUACCUGAACGAGGCAUUAGUAUGUGUAAUAGCAGCUACAUGCAUAGCCUACAUCUGUCUUCAGAUUUAUUUUAUGGGUGAUUUUUCCAUUGACAGAAAUGUAUUUAGUCUUCCACUCCACUCUUCCGAUACAUUUAUUUGCUGCAGACAAGAUGAUAUUCAACAGGUAGGCAUUUUGAAACCGUUCAGAGAUUACUCCAAGUAAUGGCACUCUUUGGGAUCUUUGCCAGGGAACAUUUAAAUACAUUAUCAAUGGCAAAUACUGUUUUCUAUGCUUGAUUUCACUUAAUAUUUUUGGGUGUUGCGCUCAUUGCAGUCAGAAAACAUGUUGGCCGAUCAAAACCCUUGCGGGUUUCUCUCCCCGAGUCGUACGAGAAAAUAACGGAAAACUGACCCAAGAUCAGUACUGUACAUAUGCAACUUCAACCCCAUGUAAUGCGGAGCGCGUUCCAGCUCGUCAACACAAUCGGCUGCAGGGGAGGUUACUUUCUGUGUUGUUCAGUUUAUAUAAUAAUAUCAAAUUAAAUGAAUCUUAGAAACGCUUUUCCAGGCAGUUUGAAUGUAUAUUCUUAUUCUGUGCAGAAUCUGUGUAAUUUGACCUACAACACAAAUGCGCACCAUGACUUCAACAAAGAAGACAACUUGGAACCUACCCGAUCCUCCCAAGCGAUCAUUCUCUUUCCCGCUCCAAAUAAAGACCCUUCACACCUACCACCCUUCUAUUCAGACAACUCAGACCUACGGCUGACACCUUUAGUCUCUCUAUCUCUCUCUUUCUUUCUAUACAUCCUCUUUGUACAGAUCUCUUGAUCUAUCCAUCUGGCUGCAUUUUAAAAUGGCUCCUGGCUCCAGCCGUAAGCUGUGUCCUAGCUGUAAAACAUCAAUAUGAGUAGCCUCAAAGAAGUGCAAGUUCUGUGGCGCAAUAAUACAGCUGAAGGUGAAGUUAGAGGCCCAGAAAAUGAAGGCUACUGAUGAAUGGGCAACUAAGACUAUUAAAUAUGGAAGAUUUGCAACCUUGAUUAAUGCAGCAAACAAGCUGGUACAUAGGUUCCACAAGUUAGGAGUGUACCCCCUGCUACUCCUCAGCAAGAGGAAGAAGGGUAACAUUUUGUCGUCAACUGCACUGUGUCCUCACAGUGGUAUGAUGAACCAGACCUCAAUGGCAGCAAUCCAAAGGUUGUAUGAGGCAAUUGUGAAAGUGGCAAUCAACACCCAUGCCCCCACACUACAACCCUCCAACCCUCCCCCUGUUGCUGCCCAAGAACUGUCUGAUACAGUUGCCCCCCAGGAGACCAGCUACACCCUCAUCCUCAACCAGGUUGAACCCCUGAUAUCCCCCACCGCCCAGGAGACCAGCUACACCCCCAUCCUCAACCAGGUUGAACCCCUGAUAUCCCCCACCGCCCAGGAGACCAGCUACACCCUCAUCCUCAACCAGGUUGAACCCCUGAUAUCCCCCACCACCCAGGAGACCAGCUACACCCCCAUCCUCAACCAGGUUGAACCCCUGAUAUCCCCCACCGCCCAGGAGACCAGCUACACCCUCAUCCUCAACCAGGUUGAACCCCUGAUAUCCCCCACCGCCCAGGAGACCAGCUACACCCCCAUCCUCAACCAGGUUGAACCCCUGAUAUCCCCCACCGCCCAGGAGACCAGCUACACCCUCAUCCUCAACCAGGUUGAACCCCUGAUAUCCCCCACCACCCAGGAGACGAGCUACACCCCCAUCCUCAACCAGGUUGAACCCCUGAUAUCUCCCACCGCCCAGGAGACCAGCUACACCCCCAUCCUCAACCAGGUUGAACCCCUGAUAUCCCCCACCGCCCAGGAGACCAGCUACACCCUCAUCCUCAACCAGGUUGAACCCCUGAUAUCCCCCACCGCCCAGGAGACCAGCUACACCCUCAUCCUCAACCAGGUUGAACCCCUGAUAUCCCCCACCACCCAGGAGACCAGCUACACCCCCAUCCUCAACCAGGUUGAACCCCUGAUAUCCCCCACCGCCCAGGAGACCAGCUACACCCUCAUCCUCAACCAGGUGGAACCCCUGAUAUCCCCCACCACCCAGGAGUCCAGCUACACCCCCAUCCUCAACCAGGUUGAACCCCUGAUAUCCCCCACCACCCAGGAGACCAACUCCAACUCGCUGAGCAUGACACAGUCAAACCCAUCCAAUCCCAUCCUACCCCAUCCAAACCCAUCCUACCCCAUCCUACCCCAUCCAACCGUGUCCUACCCCAUCCUACCCCAUCCAACCGUAUCCUACCUCAUCCAACCGUAUCCUACCCCAUCCAACCCCAUCCUACCUCAUCCAACCGUGUCCUACCCCAUCCAACCCCAUCCUACCCCAUCCAACCGUGUCCUACCCCAUCCAACCCCAUCCUACCUCAUCCAACCGUGUCCUACCCCAUCCUAACCCAUCCUUCCCCAUCCUACCCCAUCCAACCCCAUCCAACCGUGUCCUACCCCAUCCUACCCCAUCCAACCGUAUCCUACCCCAUCCAACCCCAUCCUACCUCAUCCAACCGUGUCCUACCCCACACAACACCAUCCUACCCCAUCCUACCCCAUCCAACCCCAUCCUACCCCAUCCAACCGUGUCCUACCCCAUCCUACCCCACACAACCCCAUCCUACCCCACCCAACCCCAUCCUACCCCAUCCAACCGUAUCCUACCCCAUCCAACCCCAUCCUACCUCAUCCAACCGUGUCCUACCCCAUCCUACCCCACACAACCCCAUCCUACCCCAUCCAACCGUAUCCUACCCCAUCCAACUCCAUCCUACCCCAUCCAACUCCGACCAAGGAAGAGGAAAUAUGACUACAUGCAAAAAGAGUGUCCAGUGCAUCCGGGGCAAACGAUUUUCCCUAUUCUCAAGAUUCUUGCCAAUAGAACUUCAAAUGAGGGUCAGGAGCAGAAAGUGAGGUGGAAGCCAUGUGGCAAGAAAUGGGACGAUGACUGGAUCAAGGCCGAGGACCAGGUUUCUCCAGUUUAACCAUACUUUAUGCACAUAUGUAUUACAAACG